GUUGCCCAAUAACCCGGACUGAUGUGUUAAUUUUCUCCAACUCAAGAGCAAGAUUUCCGUCCACUACUAUUGUGUUGUUAACAGCUAGCGGGAGAGUGUGGGUGUUUGGCAUUAAGGUCACCGAUUAGCAAGGAAGAUGCUUACACUGUUUUGUCUCUCAAGACUAGGAUAACCCAAGUGGUGUGUCUCUCAAGACCAGGAUAACCCAAGUGGUGUCCCACAAGACCAGGAUAACCCAAGUGGUAUCCCACAAGACCAGGAUAACCCAAGUGGUGUCCCACAAGACCAGGACAACCCAAGUGGUGUCCCACAAAACCAGGAUAACCCAAGUGGUAUCCCACAAGACCAGGAUAACCCAAGUGGUAUCCCACAAAACCAGGAUAACCCAAGUGGUAUCCCACAAGACCAGGAUAACCCAAGUGGACAUGGAUCAUACAUGUCCGCCCACUCCUUCUCUCAAGUUGCCUUCGUCAGCUGUAUGACUUCCUCCGGUCUGCGUGUGACUUCCUCCACCAGCGUGAGUCCCUCUGUCUGCGUGUGACUUCCUCCGUCAGCGUGAGUCCCUCCGUCAGCGUGAGUCCCUCCGUCAGCGUGAGUCCCUCCACCAGCGUGUGAGUCCAACAGCAAGAUGACGAGCAAGUUCGACGUCCUCCUGACCCGCCUGGGCACCGGGAGGUGGAACAUGAUGUACUUCCUCAGCGCCUGCUACUGGUACCUGAUACUGCCAGCGCAGACCUUCAACGGAGUGUUCCUGGCGCCAGCGCUCAACUUCACCUGCCGACCACCUCAAGGAGACGACCAGCUCCUCCUCCAGGUGGCCCAAGACUCCUGCAGCUACACGGUCAACAGGUCGUCCUCGGGGGCGCUGGAGGAGGAGCCAUGCACCGAGUGGGACUUCGAUACAUCCGUCUUCUCCAGCACCCUCACCUCUGAGUUCGGUCUGGUGUGUGGCAAGGACUACCUACGAGCUACCUACCAGAGCAUCUACAUGUUCUCUACCAUCUUCAGCUCCCUCAUCAGUGGCUACAUAGCUGAUAAGUACGGGCGGAAGGUGGUGGUAGUGGCGACUAUGGGACUCUACGCCGUGACCUGCGUCGCCAUCUGCUUCAUCACCGUGUUCGAACUCAUCCUCGCUCUCCGCUUCGUCAUGGGCUCUCUCUCGACCGCUACACUUUACAUGCUCUCGAUGGAGGUGUGCGAGGUGAAGCACAGGUCAGCGGUUGGGGUGCUGCUGGGCUUCCCUUGGGCACUGGGCAUGAUGGCCUGGGGUGCCCUAGCUUACUGCAUCAGAGACUGGAGGUACCUGCAGGCCGUCGCCUCCUUCCCCCUGUUACUUGUGGUGCCAGUCCUCUUCCUCCUGAAUGAGUCCCCGAGGUGGUUGAUCGUCCGAGGGCGCCACAAGCAGGCUUUACAAGCCUUACAGAGGGCUGCCAGACUCAACCACUCCAGCCUGCCACCGGAAGACGAACUACUCAUCAUGAUGACUGACAUACAGGCUGAGGCUGAGAUGGGCAAGACUAAGUCUCCUGGGAAGCUCAAGGGAGAGGCCGAGGGGAAGAGAUGGUUUUCCUUCACUACACCAGUUCUCCUCAGCACCCCCAAGAUCAGACUCAUCACUUUGGUUCAGAGCCUCAACAUCUUCACCUGCUCCCUGGUCUACUGCGGGCUCAGCCUCAGUGGCAGCACCUACAGCGCCGACCCCUUCCUCUACAUCAUCAUCGGAGGCCUGAUGGAGGUGCCCGGAUACACCGUCACUGCCCCCAUCAUCGCCCGCUGGGGCAGGAAGCUACCAAUAAUAAUCGGCUGGUUCAUUAGCGGUGCAUCCAUCCUCGCUCUUGCAUUCACGCCACCAGACAUCUCGUGGCUGGUGAUGCUGCUGGCCAUGAUCGGGAAGCUGGCUAUCAGCGCAGUCUUCAUGAUUGUAUUUGUGUACGAGGCGGAACUCCUGCCGACGGAGGUCCGCCUGCAGGGAGUGGCGGUGGUAUUCGUGGCAGGUCAGAUCGCGGCCACCUGCUCUCCUUACCUCGCCGACUUCCUUGGCCCGUUAGUGCCAUGGCUGCCCUCGGUAAUUUUUGGAGUGAUGUCUUUCCUGGCCGGAUUUUCCCUCUUCCCCCUGCCGGAGACGUUAGGCAUGGGACUGCCCGACACCAUUAGCGACCUGGAGGGGCUUUUCAACCAAAAGAAGUCUGGUAAGGCAGAGGACCAAGAGGAACUGAAGAAGCUGCAAGCAUAACAUGGCGAAGGUUAUCCUAUUUUGGGCAAGUCUUGCCCAACUGUUUUGGAAAAAAUCUUACCUGCUUUGAACUAAGUUUAAUGACAUCCUGACAAAGUUCAAGCUGUUCAUCUGGACGAAAUUUAACCUAAUGUUCUGGAUGAAGUUUAUUCACCUCUUGACGACACUUUUUUUUAAAUUACUGUAUACAAAUAUUUAUUUUCAAAAAGCAUUUAAUGUUACAGGAAUUUUAAAUAUUCGUGUAUAUGUCACGAAUAUGUGAUAUAUACACAUAUAUGUAUAUGAUAUAUGUGUGUGUAUAUCGUGUAUAUAUUUAGAGAGUAUGCCUUAUUCAGACCCGAUGCAAUACUACAUACACAAGCCUGAUAUUUAUAUCGUGCAUUAACGGGUAGGUAUAACAUUUUUGUAUAAAUGUUGUUUGCAAUAGUAAAAAUACAGCCUAAUAAUCUUUGAUAUUGUAUGCAAUAAUAUCAAUACAGCCUAGUAAUCUUUCAUAUUCUGUGCAAUAAUGAAAAAGAAGCCGAAUAUCUUAAAUAUUCUAUGCAAUUAAAGUCUAAUUAUCUUAAAUAUUUUAUGUAACUAAUAAUUGUAGCAUAAUUACCUUAAAUAUUUUAUUCAGUAAUAAUUAUAAAGCCUAGUUAUCUUGAAUAAUCCAUGCAAUAACAAUUACAGCCUAGUAAUCUGAAUUUAGAUUAGAUUACUUUAUUUAAAAUAUAGAGGUAUUUUACUUAUAUAAUUGUUACAUAAAACAGAGCACAAAAUUACAUUUGCGGCAUAUAAGACAAACAUAGCUUAAAAUUCCUAAACUUUUUUGUGACAGUAACAUUGAAAUAAUAUAUAAUUUUAAGAGAUUAAUAGUGUUUUGCAUUAUCAGGGAGUCAUGGUUCAGCCUAGAUCACACUUUGUACACACGACACUUAUUGUACACACGACACUUAUUGUACACACGACACUCACUGUACACACGACACACUGUACACACGACACUCAUUGUACACACUGUACUCUGUACACACGACACUCACUGUACACAGGACACUCACUGUACACACGACACUCUGUACACGUCUCGUGUAACUAAGAUCUAACCUCAACAGGAUUUAAGUGCCUUGUCAACAAGUCAUCUGUGUGAUAAUAAUUCUUGAAUCAUAGGUAUCCCCUGACCUAUAAGAACUCAAUUCCGUCCAAAUACCAAAUACUGUUUAAUAACAGUAUUUUCGACCAGAUAUCAAGAUGACUAAAUUUACAAAGCAUGACAUUUAUUCUGACUUUCAGAUCUAUGUUAAGCUUCUGAAAACUUGGCAGGCAACUCCUUAAUUAUCUGUUGUGGUUGAGUGCUCAAUAACUCGCUACAAGGUUAGAUACGGGUUAUCUAACAGGUCUCUAACCUUGCCCAUGGAGGACAAUAAAAUGCAUAUGUACUGGUUGGCAUUGUAUAAGUGAAUAGUCACAUAUGAUAGAAAAUAAACUAGAAAACAUAGGCCCUUUAGGAUAUUACAUGAUCGAGAUGCUUCUCUGAAAAUUUUACUGGAAUCA